AUGGAGAUUGCUGUAAUUGUUGGUCAGGCAGCUCUACCACCUGAAAUUUAUUGGAAGAGAAUGUUGCCAGAUGUUGACAUGCCACCGGCUGUCAUGAAUUCAUUGCCUACGCCUGGUAUUAUACAAGGCGUUGGAGUACACUCUAGGAGGGCUGGAAGAGGGCACACCGACGUCGACGUCAAUGCAUUAAACGGAGUUGGGGUAGACACUGCAAAAGAAGGUAAAGGAGGAGCUAAGGUAGGAGUUAAUAUGAUGAAAGGAGUUGAAGUUAAUGCAGGUACAAAACAGAAGCCAGUUUAUGUACAUGUACAUCCUGGAUUUAAUCCAUUCGACUACAGAUACCCGCAUAAAGGCCAAGCUCAAAAUAAUGAUCCAGGUCGUUCUUUGUUUUUCUUAGAGAAAGACAUGAAACCUAGACAUUUAAUGAGUUUGCACUUCACUAAAACUACUAAUGCAGCAACAUUUUUGCCAAGAGAUGUUGCGAAAUCUUUACCUUUUUCAUCUAGUAAACUAUCGGCGAUUCUUAAGGAGUUUUUGGUUGAACCAAAUACUGAGGAAGCUAAGGUUAUUGAAGAAACAAUUAAAGGGUGCGAGGAGAAGGGGAUUCAAGGGGAGGAAAAGUAUUGCACAACUUCUUUAGAGUCCUUGAUUGAUUACGUGAAAAAUACCCUUGGAAAGAAUGUUAAAGCUAUGUCAACGGAUGCUAGAAAUGUCGAUGAUAAGGUCCAAAAGUACACGAUUUCAUCAAUGGGAAAGGUGGCCGAUGAUAAUCAGGCCAUAGUGUGCCACAAACAGAGAUAUGCGUAUGCUGUGUUCUAUUGCCAUAAGAGUAAGGGCACAUCUGCGUAUAUGGUGUCGUUGAUGAGUGGAAGUGGAUCAACGUUUAAGACAAUGGCGAUUUGUCAUAGAGAUACAAGUGCUUGGAACCCAAAACAUUUGGCAUUCCAAGUUCUCAAUGUAAAGCCUGGAAGUGCUCCUAUUUGCCACUUUUUGCCUGAGGAUCACAUUGUGUGGGUUUCCAAAUAG